AAAUAUUAAUUCCUAUUCUAAUGGCAAUUCCUUCCGCCCCUUCUUGAUACAGAGCUAGAGCUUAUCCAUAUCCCGCUCAGUCCCUGACUGGAGCAAAUUCAAGAGUGGUGGCAAUGCACUCUAAACACUGAUCGUUGUCUUAUUGUGAUCGUGAAGAGCCAAGCUGGAACUCGCUCCGGCGGUGUGAUUCUGCGCUUCGGGAAACCCAGCCUUCAACAUAUCAAUCAAUGGUGGGAGAAGCCUCGAUCGUAUAAUCUUCCCCUUUUUUGCUUUUGCAAUGAGAGGUUGACUAGAGAAGCGACGACGUUCACCUGAAUGUUCGUGUACCUGGAUUAAAUUAGUGUUCGCAAGGCGGAGAGAAUCUCUAGAGUGCAGAGAUUGACGGAAGCCUCUUCUUUGGCCCUGGUUUUUUUUUUUUUUUUUUUUUUUGCCGAAGAGAAAUUGAGGCCUCUUCAAUUUCGAACACUUGUGGACUCUUCAGCUUGUCGAGGAGCACUUCCUCUAAUCCACUGGGUCAAUUUUAGAUUUGUCGGUCUCAGAUGAGAACGAAGCGUCGCGUGAGGAAUAUCAUCUUGGUCGGGUCGACGAUUGGAGCGGGAGCGAUGAAUUGGAUGGAUCUGGCUCGUUACUGGAACAUGGAGAUCCGGAGUGGCCUCCCAAAUUUCCAAUUCCUACUCUCCAAUGCUUCUCCCAGUCCGCCACUUUUGCCUAGCUUAUCUCCCAGAAAUGUCCUCGCCACUUAGCUCCCGGCGUUUUGCUUCGCUGCCACGUAGGGGUGGUAAUCGGUCGGUAUCCGGUAUACCGGAUACCGAAUAGCCGGUAUUCGGUAUACCGGCAAUUGAAAUUCUUCCACCGAAUACCGAUACCGAAAAUUAUCCGGUAUACCGGAUAGUCGAUUACCGGUAUUUUAACCGGUAUACCGGGUAGAUCGUUUUCUUUCAAAACUGCUGUCAUUGAAUUGUGAGUUCUAAAUUCACUGAAAAUAAACCUUUCAAAUUGCAAUACUUUUUAAUAUGUAGAGAAAUGUCCAAAGAUGGAAUAUGUAGAGCUUGUAUGCUCUCUCUCUACACCUUGUGAAGUUUAGAUGGUGAUGAUGCAUUCUCAUUGCAUGCGAAGUCUGGUCGUUUUUUAUUCUUUUUAUUUGUACAUGGUUUGAUUUGUACGUAUUCGGUAUACCGGAGUAUCAUGUCAGCACUACAAGCAAGCAACGUGUGAGGAAGGUGUCAUCUCACGUGUUCGGUAUACCUCCGGUAUACCGAACACGUGAGAUGACACCUUCCUCACACGUUGCUUGCUUGUAGUGCUGACAUGAAGAUGCUAUAAGAAGAUACAGAGAAGACAAGAGGAGAUCUGAAUUUAAAGUUUGUGAUUUUAUAAUAUGCACAAUUCAAGGGCAGUGCAUAAUUGGUCUAGAUAUUUUGUUGAUUAAAGGCUUAUGUAAAGACUAGACGUGGAUAUAUUGUUGUAAGGUAAGAAAGAAAACUUUCUUCCCUUGUUCUUCUCUCUACCUGCCGACAAGCUCUCCCUGCUCCCUCCAAUUUCAUUUCCAAAACCAAUUGCCCAAUUACCAUCCAAUUAUAUAUCCCACCAAUUAAACAAACAACACCAAAUGCCAAGAUCAAAUCCCAAAAUCAACACUUUUAUAUAUGCUAUUCGGUAUUCCGGUAUACCGGAUUGCCGUCGGUAUAUUACUGGGUAUUAUCCGGUAUACCGUUAUGCCAAAUAACACCAUCGAAUACCGAUACCGUCGGUAUUCGGUAUACCGGAUACCGUCGGUAUCUGGUACGCUAUCCGAUAAUAUCGAAUAUCGGUUUACCGAUUACCACCCCUAGCUGCCAGGCUCCUUUACUUACCCCAUUUGUCCCCCAGCCUCGAGAAGAAUGUCGGAAAGGCCGUUCCUGCCCUAGACCAUACCGCCUUUCACCGCAUCCCAAAUGGGCGAGCUAAAGCAGAUCUUCCACACAGCCGACAACUCGAUGAUGGAGGUCAUGAUCGUGAACUCGCUGACCGAGCUUGAGCGCUCUCUGAGCCCCGGCGAGACGAAGCGGUGCGUGGGUCGGCAGACGACAUGAUUGACUUCGCCACGUCGGUCCUGGGGUCGGAGCGUGGAAUUGGUAGCAAACUAAAAAUGAUUUUUUUAUAUUAUUUUUUAAUUUUUUAUAUUAUUUUUUAGUUGCCACGUCAUCAAACUAACAGUCAAAGCCUUUGGUUGACUGCCACAUAGGUAGGAGUGUUCAAAUGGUUACCAUGGUUAUUACCAAACCAAAUAAGGCUAAAUUUCAUUA